AUGGUUCGUCUCAGAGAAGCAGCGGCAUAUGUUGCCUUUCUGCUACCCAAAGCUGUUGCUGCUGCGUCACAUGCUGUUGUCCAUGAUGAUACAUAUUUCUAUGGCCAGAGCCCUCCAAUUUAUCCCACACCGGAGAUGACAGGAGUCGGAGACUGGGGGGACGCGUCAUCUAAAGCGCAAAUUUUAGUGUCACAGAUGACUCUGGAAGAGAAGGUCAGUCUCACCGGAGGCAUCCAGAACAGCACAAGCGGCUGCGGAGGCAAUAUUCCAGCUAUCAGUCGCCUAGGGUUUCCUGGCAUGUGUCUGCAGGAUGGUCCCAAUGGUAUCAAAGGAACGGAGCUUGUGAAUGGCUAUCCAUCUGGCAUUCAUCUUGGUGCGAGCUGGAACAAAAGUCUCGCUUAUCACCAAGCGUAUGCUAUUGGAGGCGAAUUCAGAAGGAAAGGUGCAACUUUGGCCUUGGGUCCCCCGGUGAUUGGCCCGCUAGGGCGAAUUGCUUUUGGGGGACGAAACUGGGAAGGUUACAGCAACGACCCAUAUCUCAGUGGUAUUUUGGGAGCGGAGGCUGUCAGAGGCGUGCAGAACAACGGUGUCAUUUCAUGUGCAAAGCACUUCGUGGGCAACGAGCAAGAACUACAUAGAAACCCACAUUUGGACAAACACACGAACAAGACUGUUGAAGCCUCUUCCUCCAACAUAGACGACAGAACAAUGCACGAGCUCUACAUGUGGCCGUUUGCAGAUGUUGUUCACGCCGGGGCUGCAAGUGUCAUGUGCGCUUAUCAGCGGCUCAACAACAGUUAUUCCUGCCAUAAUAGCAAAGCUCUGAACGGUCUCCUAAAAACAGAACUCGGUUUCCAAGGCUUUGUAAUGAGCGACUGGAGUGCCCAGCAUACUGGCAUUGCAAGCGCCUUGGCUGGUUUGGAUAUGGCUAUGCCCUACGGGCGAGAAUAUUGGGGCGCUAGCCUGGCCGAAGCGGUGCGCAAUGGCUCUGUACCAGCGUCUCAUAUUGACAACAUGGUUACCAGAAUAAUGGCAGCCUGGUACUUUUCCCAUCAGGAUGACCCAAGUCUUCCUUCGGUCGGAGUAGGCCUUGCCUCGGAUUUUGAAAAGAGGCACCCAAUCAUUGAUGCCCGGAAUCCGGACGAUGCGGGCCUCAUUCUCGAAGGUGCCAUCCAAGGGCAUGUUCUGGUCAAGAACAUCAAUAAUGCAUUGCCGUUGACCACACCACGUAUACUUUCACUCUAUGGAUAUGAUGCCAAAACACCCGAUACCAACAAUGCUAAGGCUGGGAUGAAUGGCUGGUCAUUGGGCCUUCAGUCACACAAUUACCGGUCUGUUAUCUGUGGCUUUGCAUCUAUCGGCGGCCAGUGUCCUCCAUUCCCACCUAUUGCUGCCAAUGGGACAAUCAUCAGUGGUGGUGGCUCUGGCGCAGUUACCCCUGUCUAUAUCAGCAGCCCUUUUCAGGCACUCCAGGCACGGGCACACCGCGACAAAUCGCAAUUGUUCUGGGACUUUGAUGGCACGGAGCCUACCAACUCGGAAACAGACGCCUGCCUCGUUUUUAUCAACGCGGCCUCCUCUGAAGGUGUAGAUCGACCGGCCCUUCGAGAUGAUUAUUCGGAUGGAUUAAUUAUCGACAUCGCAUCGCGGUGCAACAACACCAUCGUCGUCAUUCAUAAUGCAGGUGUCCGCCUGGUCGACCAAUGGAUCGAGCAUCCAAACGUCACAGCUGUCAUCUUCGCACAUCUUCCUGGUCAGGAUUCUGGAGAGGCCAUCACUCAGAUCCUCUAUGGCGAUGUAAGCCCAAGCGGGAAGCUUCCUUACACCCUGCCUCGCAAUGAGUCAGACUACGGGUCGAUCCUUGCCCCGGUGACAUACACGGGUUGGGACCGAUACUUUCCCCAGGACAAUUUCACCGAGGGCGUUUUCAUUGACUACCGUGCAUUUGACGCGAAGAAGAUCACACCCCGUUUUGAAUUCGGGUUCGGCAUGACGUAUACGACGUUUGAGUAUUCUAACCUCCGCGUUCGUCAAAAUGUCAAGUCAAACAAUCUAUCAGAGUAUCCUGUUGGUCCCAUAAUACCAGGUGGUAGCGCAGACCUCUGGGACACCGUCGCCGUUGUGACGGCAGAUCUUACAAAUUCCGGCAAAAUGGAGGCUGCGGAAAUUGCACAGCUCUACGUUCACAUUCCUGCCAUAGGCCAGCCCGUUAAACAACUGCGAGGUUUUAACAAGAUCAUAAUCCCACCUGGCGAGACCAGAACCGUCGACUUCAGGCUAAGGCGGCGUGACCUCAGCAUAUGGGAUGUCGUUUCCCAGAAAUGGAAACUUAUCAUUGGAACCGAGUACCUCAUUUAUAUUGGCGCAAGCUCUGAUAAAUCGUUGUUAAACGGGACGUUGGUAUUGUCGAUGGACUAG